AUGGAGGUAGUGUCGAAUGAAAUUGUUAACAACAUUUGGGGUUCGGGUCCUUGUGAGUACUCCUAUCUAGCUUCAGAGGGAAUGGCAGGAGGAUUGCUGUCGGUGUGGAAUUCUUCAACAGUUUCGGUGUUGUCCAGCUUUCGCGGCAGAGGCUUCUUGGGGUCAAAGAAAGAACUUUGGAAGAAUCUUUUGGAAGUGAAACAAAAAUUCCUUGAUGGAGAAUGGAUAUUUGGUGAAGACUUUAAUGCUGUUAAGUGCAGAAACGAGAGAGUUGGUCGUUCGUUGGAUAGCAACUCUUCGGAGAUGAGAGAAUUUUCUGAUUUUAUUGAGGUUAGCGAACUUGUGGAUGUUCCGUGCAAAGGAAAGAAAUACAGUUGGUUUAGUGGAGACGGGAAUUCUAGAAAUCGAAUUAAUAGGUUUCUUAUGGCCGAUAACGUGGUUUCCUUGUGGGGGGUGGUAGGACAAAUUAUUGGUGCAAGGGAUAUAUCGGAUCAUUGUCCAAUUUGGUUGGAAGUGGAUAAACUUGAUUGGGGUCCCAAGCCUUUUAAGUUUAAUAAUGAAUGGUUCUCGCAUAAGGAGUUCGUUCCUUUUGUUGAAAAGGAAUGGGAGAAGAUGGUAGUGAGGGGGAGGGGUGAUUUUGUUUUGAAAGAAAAUUUUUUUAAGCUUAUUAAAGAAAGAUUGAGAUGGUGGGAUAAAACGGUGUUUGGUAAAUUCGAUUUGGAAGUGGAGGAAGGAGUUAGGGAUUUGAAUGAUUCCGAUGAUAUUGAGGUGUUGGAUGCGGAGAAGUUGUCUUUGAAGAGGGACGCUAGCAAUAGAAUAUGGUUGAAUCUCAAAAUUAAGGAAAACAUGCUUAUCCAAAAAUCGAGACUUAAUUGGUUGAAUGAUGGCGAUUCUAAUAGCAAAUUCUUCCAUAGAUUUAUGAAGGAGAGGAGGAGAAGGAAUCAUAUUAGUUCUAUUGUCACUAACAAUGGAAUGGUAGACUCGGUUAAAGAAGUGAAAGAAGCGGUUGAGUUUCACUUUGAAUCCAAAUUUGCGGAAGAAUGCGUUGAUAGACCUUUGCUUGAAGGAAUUGAAUUCAACUUUUUGUCUUUGGAGGAGUCUCUCUCCUUAGAAGUUCCCUUUAUGGUUUAA